GGCUCCCCGGUGCCCUCACCUGCGCGGGACCGCUGCGGGAAACCGGCGGUAGCUCCAGGAGGGCCUGCAGAGAGGACAAGCGAAGUUAGAGCCUAGUGUACUUGCAGCUGGGAGCUGGGCUAGGCCCCCAACCUUUGCCCUGAAGAUGCUGGCAGAGCAGGAUGUUGCAACGGGAAAUGCCAGAAAUAUUGCAAGCAAAACUGAAAACAACCCAUCCAUGUAGGAAAGAAUAACACGGACUAAAUGUUAUUCAAGGACACGGAAAAGCCAACACCAUGGUAGCAUUAAUGAAAUUGUACCAAGAGGAAGAUGAAGCGUACCAGGAAUUAGUUACUGUGGCAACCAUCUUCUUCCAGUACUUAUUGCAGCCAUUUAGGGCUAUGCGAGAAGUUGCAACUUUAUGUAAGCUUGAUAUUUUGAAGUCCUUGGAUGAGGAUGACCUAGGUCCUAGAAGGGUGGUUGCCCUGGAGAAAGAAGCUGAAGAAUGGACCAGACGGGCUGAAGAAGCUGUUGUCUCUAUUCAAGAUAUCACAGUGAAUUAUUUUAAGGAGACAGUAAAAGCAUUAGCAGUAAUGCGGAAAGAAAUGGAACAGGAUGCGAAGAGAUUUGGCCAGGCUGCCUGGGCCACAGCAGUUCCCAGGUUGGAAAAACUUAGGCUAAUGCUAGCUCGAGAGACUCUGCAACUCAUGAGAGCGAAAGAGUUGUGUUUAAAUCACAAAAGAGCUGAAAUUCAGGGAAAGAUGGAAGAUCUUCCAGAACAAGAAAAAAAUAUAAAUGUUGUAGAUGAAUUAGAAAUACAAUUUUAUGAAAUUCAGUUAGAACUAUAUGAAGUUAAAUUUGAGAUAUUAAAAAAUGAAGAAAUACUGCUUACUACACAGUUGGACUCCCUUAAAAGACUUAUAAAAGAGAAACAGAAUGAAGUUGUCUAUUACGAUCCAUGUGAAAGUCCAGAGGAACUUAAAGUCAUUGACUGUGUGGUGGGGCUGCAGGAUGAUAAGAAUUUGGAAGUGAAAGAACUCAGAAGGCAGUGCCAGCAGCUGGAGUCUAAACGGGGCAGGAUCUGUGCCAAAAGAGCCUCUCUCCGGAGUAGAAAGGAUCAGUGCAAAGAAAAUCAUCGGCUCAGAUUGCAACAGGCUGAAGAAAGCAUAAGAUACUCUCGUCAGCAUCACAGUAUUCAGAUGAAAAGAGACAAGAUAAAAGAAGAGGAGCAAAAGAAAAAAGAAUGGAUCAACCAAGAACGUCAAAAAACACUCCAACGAUUGAGAGCAUUUAAAGAUAAACGCCUAGCUCAAUCUGUCCGAAACACCUCUGGCUCAGAACCUGUGGCUCCAAACCUGCCAGGCGACCUUUCCCAGCAGACAUGCUUGCCAGCUUCCCAGGCUGUGUCAGUAAUUCACCCGUCCUCUAGGAAAACUAGAGGCGUUCCCCUAUCGGAAGCUGGUAACGUGAAAAGCCCCAAGUGUCAAGACUGUCAUGGAAAUAUCCCUGUCCAGGUUUUUGUUCCAGUUGGUGAUCAAACACAUUCCACAUCCAGUGAGGAAUUGUCACUGCCACCACCUCCUCCUCCUCCUCCACCACCACCCCCACCCCUACCCCCACCGCCUCCUCUCCCUGCUCUGUCCUCAUCCUCUCAAGCUGCAACUCAUCAGAACUUAGGCUUCCGGGCUCCAGUGAAAGAUGACCAGCCACUUCCUCUAGUGUGUGAAUCACCUGCUGAGAGACCACGUGACUCCUUGGAAAGUUUUCCAUGUCCAGGAUCUAUGGAUGAAGUGUUGGCCUCCCUAAGGCAUGGCAGAGCUCCUCUCCGGAAGGUGGAAGUGCCAACGGUGCGCCCUCCCCACGCCUCAAUCAAUGAGCACAUUCUGGCUGCCAUAAGGCAAGGGGUCAAACUGAAGAAAGUUCACCCUGAUCUUGGCCAAAACCUCAGCAGCAAACCAACUAGCAACAGACGCACUAGUGACCUUGAGAGGAGCAUCAAGGCCGCACUCCAGAGAAUCAAGAGGGUGUCUGCUGGCUCUGAGGAGGACAGCGAUGAGCAGGACCCUGGCCAGUGGGAUGGUUAGGCUCAAGUUCGACAAAGGUACCUGCCACAGUAGGCUUGAAUAAAGUGGGUGAGGCUAAGACCUAUUGAAAAGCACACUAACAGGGUGCUGGUAGACAGGCCACAUAACAGCCCAGAAGAUCAGCAGGGUCUUGUGUGGGAUGCUGCAGCUUUUUUUUUUUUUUCUUUUUGUUUUUUUGAGACAGUCUCGCUCUGUCGCCCAGGCUGGGGUGCAGUGGCACGAUCUCGGCUCACUGCCAGCUCCGCCUCCCAGGCUGGGGUGCAGUGGUGCGAUUUCGGCUCACUGCAAGCUCCACCUCCCGGGUUCAAGCAAUUCUCUGCCUCAGCCUCCUGAGUAGCUGGGAUUACAGGCACGUGCCAUCAUGCCUGGCUAAUUUUUGUAUAUUUAGUAGAGACAGGGUUUUACCACGUUGGCCACGCUGGUCUUGAACUCCUGACAUCGUGAUCCACCUGCCUUGGCCUCCCAAAGUGUUGGGAUUACAGACAUGAGCCACCGUGCCUGGCCAAUGCUGCAACUUUUGUGUGACGCAGUGACUCUUAAAACUGGGGAGGGAAGUAGAAAUGAGAGUUGCACACACCAGCCCAUAGGUGGGAUGUCAAGACCCAAUCGGAAGUGUCGGUGGCCUAAGAGAAGAGCACUUACUUCUCACUAUGGGUGAUCUAGAAUUGUUCCCUGAUUCUGAAAGAAGUUUACACUACUCUGGUAAGCAGCACUAUUAGACUACUGACUGUGGCCUCCUGUGUAUAUGGAAUAGUGAUUUCUCAGAUUUAUAGGUUUGAAUGUGAAUGUUAUUUUAUCAAUAAUCAGAAUAAAUUGCUUAUAUUCAGCAGUUAUUUCAAAUAUUUAAAUGAAAUUUAUUUUAGGCACCAAGCACUACAUAAACUCAUAAUAAAGAACUAUUUACAAUGCAUUAGCAUCACUCAUGGGGUAAUGAACACAUACCUUAGCUGCUGUAAAAGCAAAGCCUUCCGUGCCUGGGUGGGCUUAAAGUUUUUAAUAAGGUUUUAGCAAAACAUUUGUUUAAGUGAA